AUGGUGCUGAAAGAUGAUCCCGAAACGCAUGUUGUGGCUCACGUAGAGGUUUGCAAAUCAUACACAGGUACAUGCACACUGAGCGCAAUGCAGAUGAAGGCACUGUGUGUAGUUGUAGGAGACAGGGUUGAGCUUGCAGUACGAGUACGUGAGAAUGAUGAAAACACUGAUUUGGAGCGAGACAUGCGUAGUAAAACGGUAGAGGAGUUUAGAAAUAGAUUGAAUACAGAUGAAGGGAACCCAAGUGGAGGUCUAGACAAGGGUAUAGGUAUAUGUACAGCAGAAGAAGUCAAAUAUCGUGUACACGUAAAUGGAAACACUACAGCGAAGUGGCCGGUAGGCAAUACAUAUACAAGUAGCACACACGGAAAUGAUUGCACACAGGAGGUGCAUAGAAGAAGUACACACGAAAUCCGUUCUACACCUAGAGCACAUACAAGUACGACCCACGAAAGCGGCUGUGCACAGAGAGUGGGCCGCGGAGGGCCGUGUACUGUGGUACUGACGGUGACUGCAAUCCCAGUACAAGUGAAAUCAGAUAAAGACUACUUGAAACACGUCCGAGUGGGUGGGAAUGUCGGGUCACGUAUAACCGAUGAGCAGAAGACUCGGAUCACAGUGGGUGAUAUGCAGACGCUUGGGUGCAGCAACGGGGAUCAGGUCAUAAUCAGGAAGUUGAGUAUAGAUGACAAUAGUAUGGAUACUUGGGAAAGUGCUACUAUACUCCUACCAGCCAAUCUCGGGAAUGUUGACUUACCACCGGCAGAGGUGGUCUCCACUAUUUUGUCGGAAAGAUGGGUGUGGGAGAAUGGACAGAGUAUCAGCCUGCCCACAACUAGCGCCGGAACUGUUGUGGGAGAGAUUGUGUGCAGGCGGCGGAGGAGCAACAAUAUGAAACACAGCCAAUCAAACGUGGGUACAAACACUCAGAAAUCCAUUCCUUCACAGUGUGCACACAUGCCUGGAGAUGUGCAAGCGAAUACACUGUCGAGUGUGUGCACAUGCACAUGUGACUUAGACGCCACGAAAGGAUGUACCUGCACGUGUUUGCGCAGGGUUACAUGUGAUGAGUGCGCCGUGGAUUGUAUGGGAAGUGCUACAAAUAGACACUAUACUACUAAUAGGCUGGGUGCUGUCAAUCGAAUUGGUACGAUUGCCGAUGCCACGCGAAUAUUUGUGUGUGUUGAAGGGGUGGCAAUGCAGCAGAGGGGCGGCUUUGCGGUGUACUUACCCCCCAGACCGAAAGAACACCACAAAGGUUAUUUAGGGUCGGAAAUAAUCCAACCAAGCACAGUGAAUUUUGCCACAGUACACCAAUUACUGAAGGAGCGGAUGGGCUUCUCAAACGGCCCCUCGCGCACGGACUUUGGCUUCUCGACACCCGCCAAUAUACUUUUAUCUGGCGAUGCCGGCAUAGGCAAAACGGUCGCAACGCUCUCGUACUCACUGAACACCCUGCAAGUACCUGUAGUAGUGGUGUCUAUGAGUACCAUGGCUAAACGACGAUGGAAUGCUAUGAUCACCCAUCCCCUGUCUGCGUCAAUCAAGGAUGCGUUUCAUGCAGCUGAGCAGUUGUCUGAGUGUGUGCUACUGCUGGAUGACUUGGAUGCUCUGGUAGUUGUUAAGGGUGCCGAGGAGAGCGGUGUGCCCAUAUUACAGGAGCAACUCGAUUUGGAGAGGGUGUUGGUGGAUGUGCUCAAGCGCAAUGAAUACGGCGACGGCAAUGUCAGGAUGCGUGUGGUGGGAAUGACCCAGGCCCAAACCGCACCCAGCAGUCGUGUGGCUAUUGUGAGUACAUGCCGGAGUGCCCAGCUGUUACGACACACAUUGGUGUCAUGCUUCACAGACACUGUUCAUCUAGCUGUACCUGAAGUUGUCUACAUGCAAGGGAAAACUGUGGAUACAAAAGAUGCAACGAAGGGUCUCCUAUCGUCGAUGUUUCCACAGAUUUACGAUAAAAACAAAGAUGCGAUGAACGUCCUGGCGAAUAAAAUGUCCGACGCUGAGCUGAUGUCCGUCCACAGGGUAUACAAAAGUCUAGUUGCGAUCGAGCCCAAAUCAAGUGGCAAUUCAGUCAAUGACACUCAAAUACCUACACUGCUGACACAGGCCUUCGAGCGAGUGCGGCAGCCCCAAGCAUCGGCAUCGGUUGAACGGGUGACAUGGGAUGACAUCAGUGGCUUGCAGGAGGUCAAGACGAUACUGGAGGAGGCAGUCCUAUCCAUUUUCAAGUAGG